UCCUUGUGCAGAACUAAACAAUCUGUUCGUAAAGACUCAACGCAUGGAAACCGCUCAGACAUCUGGCGGGACACAGCGAGGCCCUGGUGACAGCUGGGAGAAGACAAACCGUUUAAAAGGGCCGAAUGACAACACCGACGUAACACGGGUCCCGCUGAAGCACGCGCGUUGUGUUUUGCUGUGUAUUUUGGCUCAAGUGCAGCUGGAUAGCUAACCGAAAAAAAAACCUGCUCCCGCUCACCGAAACCCAGGUGAGCUGAGAUGGGCGGGGCUUAGUUAGCUGUCAGCGGAGCCGACUGAGCAGGUACGACGAACUGUUGGUCACACCUUGAGUGCAGCGCACACACACACACACACACACACACACAUAAAGGCUCGCUGGACGCUUUGACCGUUUCUCUCAUUCGGGACUCUGCAUGGAUUUCUCUUUCCUGUCAUGAAUGUGAACAUGCACGUUCUGUGACACGCGACUUGUCCCACCGAAGGUAAAGGAGAGGCCUGCUGCUCGUUGAGGUCUGGGGGGCACGGGGAGGCAGCGGGGGGGGGUGGGGGGGAGGGAUCCGGCAUCCAUGGAGUCCAACCUGUCGUGCCUGUCUUCGCUGAAAGAAGACACCAAUCCGCUGUACGUCCAGCCGCAUUACCGAGAGUCCUACCGCCUGGCCAUUUACGCGCUGCUCUGCGGAGGCAAGGAGGCCUACGAGGAGUUCCUCCGCGCCGAGCAGAUCGGCCACUUCCUGUCCGAGGAGGAGAUCCUCUACGUCUUCCAGCAUGCGGAGCUGCCGGCGGCGGACGACCCCCCUCCCGCCGGCGGUAAGCAGGUGGAGGACCGGGCCGGCCCCUCCACCUACUUCCCGACGGAGUCGGACGAGGAGGUGCCCGACCUGGAGCUGGGCUGGCCCCAGGUGGCGCUGGGGAGCGAGGACACCAGCAUCAGCCUGCUGUUCAACCCGCCCCGACGGAACACGCCGACCAUCAAAGAGGUGGUGCGCAAGCAGAUCCAGGAGGCGAGGCAGGUCAUCGCCAUAGCGAUGGACGUCUUCACCGACCUGGAUAUUUUCAAAGAGAUCAUCACUGCCGCGCUGAGGGGAGUGAUGGUCUACAUCCUCCUGGACGAUUCCAAGUUCAGGAGCUUCCUCACCAUGUCACAAAGGGUGGGCAUCAACGUCCAAGACUUCAAGAACAUCCGUGUUCGGACGGUUUGUGGGCAGCGGUAUCAGUGUCAGUCCGGGGUGAAGUUUCGGGGAGAUUUGGAGCAAAGAUUUCUUCUGGUGGACUGUCGAACAGUUGUGUAUGGAACAUACAGCUACACGUGGUCCUUUGAGAAGAUCAAUGUCAGCAUGGUCCUAGUGAUCACUGGUCAGCUGGUCGGCUCUUACGACGAGGAGUUCCGCAGACUGUACGCCCGCUCCACGGUUCCCACCUUCCUCUCCAGGGAGAAGGUGUCCGUCCAGUACCUCAGAGACGUCGUGGCCCUGCAGAGCCCCAAUUCCAGCCACCUCUCCCUGCACCAACUUCACAUGCAAUCAAAAGUGGCGCAGGGCACGUGGGGCGCUCGGGACGACCGGUUCAGCAAUGCCGCUGCGAUGACCCGGGGGCUGAGCGUGCAGGAGAGGCUGCACCAGUCGCACUGUUUCGACAUGGGGAACCUGAUGAGGGGGCACAGCUAUGGCGGAGAACUGCAGAAGUUGAGCCCCCUGACUCGACUGAGGAUGGGGACCAAGGACAUCGGAGCACACAUUAAUCCAGAGAAGACGCGACCCAACCAAAGAGGGGGCGGCGACCUACUGAGACCCAACAGGUCUUCUCAGCACCACCUCAGGCACCAGAACCGCUACGGAGCAGACCAGAGCCUGAUCCCGUUCAACUCUGAAACCUCCCUCAACAGGUGGAAGAUAGACACGUACUUCAACGACAGCGGCGCGCCUCUGGAUGCGUCGUGCCACGCCAUGCCAUCGAUGAUAUCGCCGAACGGGAGCCACACGGGCCUGAACGAGCAUCAGACGCAGGUGAUCCACAACAGGUCGAGGGACAUUAAGUCCAGGCUGGAAGAAGUGAGGCAGAAAAGGCUUAGUCUGCAGGACUGCACCAAUCUCAGGCACAGCCAAGAGUCCCUGAGGUCUGCUUACCAGGAAAAGACCAAAUAUAAGCAGAGUUUGGACAGGAGGAAGGCUGUGGCAGACUCGAAGCCAAAUGCGCACAACGAGCACAGCAGGGAUCCGGCCGACCACAAAGACAGCGAACGGAUGAAGGUAGCGGACAAAACUCCUCCCAAAGGGCAGCGCUCUGCCUCCCAAUGCGACGGGGCCACAGCUCCAGAUCGCAAGACAAUGCAGGCGUACGACCGGCACGAGCCUCCCUCCGGGGCGACCUCGGCCGCUGAUUGGGACGUUCCACAAAAUGAUCCGAUGCCCAAGCUUUCUCAUCUCCAACACCCAAGGACGAUGUCCUUGACCGAGAUCCCGGAGGAGAAGGGGGAGGGCUUACCCGUCAACAGUUCAGACUCGGCUGCGUUGAAAGAAGGACGUGAGGAGGUUUGCAAAAAAGAAAAAUCUGUUGAGUGCAGCAUACCCGCAGACUCACAGCUCAAGGAUCCGGACGGAGGAGGCCUCGACUCCAUCAGCAAGGCGGGAAAAAGCUCCGUCCCUGCUACCCGGGAAAGGAAGAAAUCCACAUCCAAUGAAGUACAAACUGUCUCGAAAAUCUUAAACCCUUUUGCAGGAUCUCAGCCCUCACUGGCAGAUAAAAGUGGUCAGGUGGAAAAGAAGAAAGUCUCGGGCCAGGAGCCACUGCUUCAAAGGAAGCAUUCCCUGAGGAUGAAAGUCUCGUCGCUGCUUUCGCAAGACGAAAAGAAAGUGCACAAGAAAGAGGAGAAGUCCCUCCAAAGAAAGGCCUCGCUGAGAUCCCACGCGUCCCGCGCCGAGCGAUCGGCUGAGACGGGCCAAUCGCCGAGCCUCUCCCAGUCGCAAAGCUCUCUCGGCGGCCCGGCAGAGGCCGAGAGGCAGAAGUAUCCGUUCCUGAGGCUGACUCCUCAGCGCUCCUCCAGCAAAAGGAAGCCGAGCCCCUCCGGGGAGCCGGCGCGAGGCGCCCCGGGAGCCGAGGCAGCCGAGAAACAGAGGGUCUACAGUCGAUUCGAGUAUUUGCUCAGUUCCGACGGUCUUCCUCUGGAGGGUGAUGGGCGCUCCUCCCAGAACAGGCAGGACUCCACGCAUCAGAGCGCCGCCGACAACAAACUGGGACGCUUCAUGCAGCGAGUAGGAAAUCUAAUAGGCAAGAACAAGUGAGGGCCACAGAACCAGAAGACGGCCGCCGCGCCGAAGGUACUCAAGGUGCACGACCCAGGGGUUGCUUGUGGAUCUAUUUAGACCCCCAUCCAGAGACAUUGGAUGGAUUUAUUCCAUUAUUGUCAACUCCAGGAGGCCGGGCCAUAUGUUAUGGUGUUAUGAAACACGUUUUUGUUUCAAAAACGAUGAUCAAACAUGCAGGAAAAAGAAAAACCAAAAACACAAGCGAUGGAUCUCUAAUACAACAUGAGUGCAUGUCAAGGGAUCGGAUAUAUCUUGCUGAGCUUGCCUUCCAUUCCGGGCUUCAUGUGCAGUCUGAAAUACCUCAAUUUUGAUAAACAGCUAAAUGACUAUCUUCAAUGUGAUGUUGGUGUGUGCUCUGAUCCUGGAAGAUAUUUCCCACAAUGUUACACAUUGUGUGUUUUAACCUUUGUUGGAUAUUAGGGUGGAGGCAGUCGAUGUGAUCAUAUCGGUGGGGUUUUGAAAAUCUUUGUGAAAAUAAAUGUCAGUAUUUUUAUUGA